AUGGAUGGAUAUUCCGGAAUUCUUUGUGAAUCGAUUUGUGAUCGAUCAUGCAAAAAUGCUGGACAAUGUGUUAUUGAAAAUGGUAUUUCCAGAUGUAUUUGUCCAAAAGGUUUAGGAUAUGUGGGAGAAGAAUGUGAAGAUGAAAUAAUAGAUUGCACUACUCAAGGUUGUGACCCUGGUGAAAGAUGCGUUCAAAAUGCAAAAGGUUCACCGAUCUGUAUAAUAGAUCCUUGUUCGACAAAUCCAUGCGUCAAUAAAGCUAUUUGUUCCCCAACUUAUCUAAAAUCGAAUUCGGAAACAGCCGAAGCAAGCUUUACAUGUAAUUGUACCGUUGGAUUUAGCGGAAAGCUUUGUGAAAAUGAUAUCGAUGAAUGUGAAUCUAAUCCAUGUUUAAAUGCCGGUAUUUGCAAAAAUGCAGUUGGAUCAUUCUCAUGCAUUUGUUUGAAUGGGUUUUCUGGUAUUUUUAAACUAUUAAGAUUUUUGUCUGUGGUGGAUUUGUUAAGCCUUGUAGUUUAUUCGAGUUAUCUACAUUCCACUUUAUUAUUUUUCUUCUUUUUCUAA